AUGCCGUCGAUUGACAAGGCCACCGACAACGGCGAGCUGAAGCAGCGGCAGCCGGAGCAGGAGCUGGUCUGCGUCACGGGCGCUGGAGGCUUCAUCGGCUCCUGGGUGGUGAAGGAGCUCCUCCUCCCUGGCUACCGCGUCAGGGGAACCGCCAGGGACCCCGCUGACCAAAAGAACACCCACCUGCUGGCGAUGGAGGGCGCCGAGGAGAGGCUCACCCUGUGCCGCGCCGACGUUCUCAACUACGACGGCCUCCGCGCCGCCUUCCGCGGCUGCCACGGCGUCUUCCACGUCGCCUCGCCAGUGGAACCCGACCUCGUGCCGGUCGCCGUGGAGGGGACGAGGAACGUGAUCAGAGCGGCGGCGGACGCGGGCGUGCGGCGGGUGGUGUUCACGUCGUCCUACGGCGCCGUGCACAUGGACCCCAACCGCAGCCCCGACGCCGUGCUCGACGAGACGUGCUGGAGCGACUAUGAGUACUGCAAAAACACAGGGAACCUUUACUGCUGCGCCAAGAUGAUGGCGGAGAUCACUGCGACGGAGGAGGCCGCUAAGAGGGGCCUGGAGCUUGCGGUCGUGGUGCCGUCCAUGACUGUGGGCCCCAUGUUGCAGCAGUCGCUCAACUUCAGCAGCAGCCACGUGGCCCGCUACCUCACCGGCGUCAAGCCCACCUACCCCAACGCGGUCGCCGCCUACACCGACGUCCGUGAUGUCGCCCGCGCGCACGUCCUUGUCUACGAGCACCCCGAUGCACACGGCCGCUACCUUUGCAUCGGCGCCGUGCUGCACCGUGCGCACUUCCUUCAGCUCCUCGGCGACCUCUUUCCUCAGUACAACAUAACCGCCAAGUGCGAAGACGACGGCAAGCCCAUGGCGAAGCCGUACAAGUUCUCGAACCGGAGGCUGAGAGACAUGGGAUUGGACUUCACUCCGCUGAAGGAAAGUUUGUAUGAGACAGUGACGUGCUUGCAGAAAAAUGGCCACCUGCCACUGCCCGUUGUUGCCAUGGCGCCAAAGCGUGACAGGGGACAUUUCUGUCUGGUGAAAUAA